AUGUUGCUUGGAGCAGCUUUCACAGCCUUCAGCUUUAUAUAUCUUCGUAGAAGAAGACAGGAACAGUUUGUGUGUAACGAACAGAUCUCCCACGCUGAGCAUAAUUUGAGAUACGAAGCUGGAGACAACCUUAUUAUGCCACGUGUCGAAGAAAGAAGAAGCAAUGUUUACUGCGAAAUAAAAGAUGAAAGGCAAUUUUCCACAAAGCUAUCAUUUGUACCUCCAAAUAAUAGAGAGCUGAAUGGUCCAGGUCCUAGAUCAAAAGAAUAUAAUAUGUAUGACCACUUGCAUGAAACAAAUACAGCAGAGAGCGGUAACGUCUACAGUCGCACAACUCCAGAACCAUCAGUGGUAUCAGCACAUCAGGGAAACAAUACGGCGUCUUCCAGAACCGAUAUAGAUAAUCUUGAUAAGAGAGAAGAUGAUCUGACAUCCGAUGGUCGCUCAAAGGAAUUUCCUGAUGAAAAAGAAGGCACUGCCAUUUACUUUGUGCUCGAAAAAGAAAUAAAAUGAACAACGAAAAUAAUUACCUUUUCCGUACGAUUAUCUAAUCAGUUGCACAAAGAACUUGAUAGCAAUCUGAACAAUAGCACAUUACUUUUAAUUUUUCAUUGCCAACUGAACUUUUUUUUCUUUCUAGAUCUUGAAAGAAAUAAUAAAAAAUGCACGAUA